GGCAGCGACUGUAGACACAUUUAAAGCGGAGUGUUUAAUAACAAAAUCUGCUGAUCUUUAACAAACACAACACACCAAGUCAGUGAAUCAGUGAUCUGUCUAGAGGCAGAAUGAGCACAAAGGGUGGCACUGCCCUGUCCCGACGCAACUAUCGCCUGGCAUCCGACACAGACAAACCCAAAGUCACAGGUAUUGUCAAUGAGAAGUUACUGAGCGACUAUCUACACCAUGUGUUUCCUGCCUCCAGUAAGCAGGGACCAGCAUCGGCCGUGUACAGAAAAACCCUGACGUUCCAGGAUCUUGGAGCUCACCUGGAGAAGCUGCUGGCUGAAGAUACCGUCGCUGAGGACGGCAAAGAUCAGAUAGAAGGCUGCCUUGGACCUUCAACUGUUGUAUUGGAUCACAGCAGUGGGUUUGAAGGGCUGUUAUUUGUUGACGAUGAUCUUUUGGGGGUCAUCGGCCACAGUAACUUCAGCUCCAUCAGAGCCACCACAUGUGUUUACAAAGGGAAAUGGGUCUAUGAAGUUCUCAUCUCAUCUCAAGGCCUAAUGCAAAUCGGAUGGUGCACACUGAACUGCAGAUUCAACCAAGAGGAAGGGGUCGGGGACACGCCGGACUCAUACGCCUACGACGGAAACAGAGUCCGCAAAUGGAAUGUGACAACCACCAACUACGGCAAGUCCUGGGCUGCUGGCGAUAUUGUCAGCUGUUUGAUUGAUUUGGAUGAGGGAACGAUUACAUUUUGCCUAAACGGGCAGUCUCUUGGUGUUGCGUUCAGCAAUAUUAAGACGGGGCCGGGCGUCGCAUAUUUCCCUGCGAUCAGUCUUUCCUUCAAAGAGUCUGUAGCCUUCAAUUUCGGCAGCCGUCCUCUCAGGUACCCUGUGGAAGGUUACCUUCCUCUUCAAAGCCCACCAGCCACUGACCUCAUCAAAGCCAACAGGCUUCUGGGAUACCUCAAGACGGCUCUGUCCACCUCCAUCGACACUCAGGAGGAAAAGAUUGUUGAGAAAGAGAGCGGGACCUGGCAUCUUCAAGGAGAGCCCACCGUCCUGGUCACCCUCGCACAUAUAUUUAACCACUUUGCACCUCUCAUGUGUAAAGUGUACUUGGUGGAGGAUGUGCUGAUGAACUUCCUGUUGAGUAUACUGGAGGGAGGAGGAUCUGUCGACGAGCAUCCAUUCAUACAUCAGCUGCUGGACCUUUUCUGGCUUCUCAUGGAGGACUAUGAGGUGAAUGAGUGUCUAAAACAGCUGAUGAUGUCACUGCUGAGAGCGUAUCGUUUCUCUCCCAUCAUCCCUGAUCUGGGCUUUCAGGUGAGAAGCUGA